AUGAAUGUUCAUGCUGCAACCCUGUUCAAUUCACGCAAAACCACUGUCGGUGAGAAAUCAUCCAAUGCUAUGACUAUUACUGAAAUAUAUGAUCCAUUAGCGGAUCAAUGGACUACUACUGGAAGCAUGGCAACACCACGUAUAUUUCAUACUGCAACUCUGCUCAAUUCGGGCAAUGUUCUUGUUUGUGGUAGUGGAGGAUAUACUGGUUAUACAGCUACAUGUGAAAUAUAUGAUACAUUAACUGGGCAAUGGCACAGUGCUGCAAGCAUGUCAACACCACGUGGUUUUCAUACUGCAACUUUACUCAAAUCGGGCCAAGUUCUUGUCACUGGUGGUAGCACCUUUGAUAUAAACAGUGCUCUGACUAGUUGUGAAAUAUAUGAUCCAUCAAUGAACAAAUGGAGUCCUACUGCAAACAUGACGGGAGCACGUUCUGGUCAUACUGCAACUCUACUCAAUUCAGGAAAAGUACUUAUCACGAGUGAUGCGGCUAGUUCUCAACUAUAUGAUCCAUCAACGGGUCAGUGGAGUACUCUUAAAAGCAUGGGACCAAAAGCACGUUACAAUCCUACUGCAACUAUGCUCAAGUCAGGCGAAGUUCUUGUCAUUGGUGGCGUCGAAUCAGCUAGGUAUUCGGCUACUACUGAAAUAUAUCAUCCAUCAACAGACCAAUGGGAUACUAUUGGAAGUAUGGCAACACCACGUCAAUUUCAUACUUCAAUUCUGCUCAGUUCGGGUAAAGUCCUUGUCACUGGUGGCGUGGGUGAUGCAGAUUUUUUGGCCAGUUGUGAAUUAUAUGAUCCAUCAACGGCUAAAUGGAAAAAUAUUACUAGUAUGACAGAAGAACGUUCGUCUCAUACUACAACUAUGCUCAAAUCAGGAAAAAUUCUUGCUACUGCUGGCUAUGGAUACACAGGUUAUCUUGAUAGUUCAGAAAUAUAUGAUCCAUCAACAGGCAAAUGGAUUCCUAGUGCAAAGCUCUCAACAACACGUGCUUCUCAUACUGCAACCAUGCUCAAGUCAGGCAAAGUUCUUAUCACUGGUGGUGAAAAACAGGGCAGUGCUAGGACUAUUGGUCAUCCAAAAAAAAUAAUAGCCUACGGACAUUUUUAA